CACCGGCGGUUAUUAUUAUUAGUAUACUAAAACAAUUAUUUACAAACGUGUCAUUGUAUUUGUUGGGGUGUACUGUACUAGUAAAGCAAAGUGUCUGGCGUAUUUAAUUAUAAUCCUGGUACCUUUUAUAACUAAAACUGAACUAAAAUGGAAACAGUUGUUAAUACAUUUCACUGGGCUGACUAUUCGAUUUUUGUUUUAUCACUGGGCAUUGCAACAGGAAUAGGAAUAUAUUACACAUGGCGAGACAAAAAGAAUCAGACAACUGCGAAUCUUCUUCUCGGAGACCGCAAAAUGGGACUUGUUCCCGUUACUAUGUCUUUGAUGGCCACUUCAGUUUCCGGUGGUAUGAUUAUGGGAGUCCCAUCAGAAGUGUUCUUUAAUGGAACUAUGUUUAUAUAUAUUGUAUCAACAAAUGUGUUAUCUUUGCCAUUUGUUAUACAUUUCAUAAUACCAGUAUAUCAUCAACUUCAAAUUACUAGUGCAUACGAGUAUUUAGAAUUAAGAUUUAAUAAAGUGGUCAGAGUAUUGGGAUGUCUGCUGUUUCAACUACAAACUAUAUUAGGCAUGGCUUUAACAUUGUAUGCCCCAGCAUUAGCACUUAAUCAAGUCAUGGGAAUUGAGCUGUGGGUAUCCAUUGUUGUUAUUGGCCUUGUUUGUACAUUUUAUACUGCACUGGGAGGAUUAAAAGCAGUGAUGUGGACGGAUGCUUUCCAAAUGAUAAUUAUAUGGAUAGCAUUGCUAGUACUAAUAAUAAAAUCCACUAUUGAUGUUGGGGGAAUAUCCUAUGUCUUUGAGAAAGCUAAUGACGGUGGUAGAUUAGAAUUUAACAAUUUUAAUCCCAGUCCAAUUGAGAGACAUACAUUUUGGACAUUGUUUAUUGGUGGCUUUAUGUUAACAUUGUCUGGCUAUAUUGGAAGUCAAUCAAUGGUGCAGAGGUUCAUUAGCAUGAAGAAUGUCAAAGGAGCACAGUCGGCAUUGUAUAUACAGCUACCUACUAGUAUAAUAAUGAUCACUGCGUUGGUAUAUAUUGGUCUGGUUCUCUUUGCCAAGUAUGGUGACCAAAAUCCUGUACCGUGUAUAAUUGAUAAGAGCGAUCAGCUUUUACCCUACCUCGUUAUGGACGUAUUAGGGAAGAUUUAUGGGCUACCUGGAUUGUUUGUCUCUUGUAUAUUCAGUGCGUCACUAAGCACAGUAUCGUCAGGAGUGAAUGCGUUAGCUCUUGUCCUUAUUACCGACAUCUUAAAACCACUGUACAAAUACAUCAAGCAACGAGACAUGGACGAAGCUGUUGCAACCACGUUGUCUAAAGUAGCUGCUCUGUUUUAUGGUCUGCUAACAAUUGGUUUAGCAUUCCUGGCCCAGUAUUUUGGAAGUCUCAUUGUUAUAGUUGGUUUAAGUAUUUCUGGUAUGGUUGGAGGGCCAUUACUAGGACUAUUUACAUUGGGAUUUUUCUUCCCGUGUACAAAUUCUUUGGGUGCAACUGUUGCGGUGCUAUGCAGUUUAUCAUUUUCGUCUUGGUUAGCUAUUGGAAGUGUUGUUAACAUGUCUGGGCCAGCACCAACAUCAUGUCUAUCGUCUAGUAACACAUCAAUACUAAAUGACACAUUAUUAGGCACGACUACGAUGAUAUUGAACUUAACAUCGGAUAUAUCCAUUGGAAAUAAUAUAGAAAAGUCCGACCUGCAGACAUUUUACAGCAUUUCAUACCUAUAUUAUAGUCCACUCGCCGUAAUAAUAGCAGUCAUUGUAGGACUUUUGGUCAGUUGUAUGACAGGCGGCACAAGAAAAAAUCCUGUGGAUAAAAGAUUACUUUCACCUUUGUACCAUUCUAUAGCCUCUCUUUCAAAUAUAAAUUCACCAGAUAACAUUACGUUGAAUGCUUCGAACAAAGACAAACAUAUUAUAAACGGAGACCUCACAGAAAAGGACAAUAAUGGCUUUGUCAAUACUGAAAAGGCAAGUCGACUUUAAGGGCUUGAAGAAGACAAAACAACAUAAGGAGUAUGCAAAAAAAAUCAAGAUAAUGUUUAAAUGAGAAUUAGUAGCAUAUGAACCUGCUGCCUAACUAUAUAGAAUAUGAAUUUCCAUAAAGAAGACUGGGGAACUGAGGAAAACCUUCUGCAAUUGACAGCAUUUAACGUAUUAAGAAAAAUGAAAAAAAUGAAACAUCAAAUAUUCGUAGUGCUUCGGAUAUUCCAAAUCAAUAAAUAUAUGCAACAAA